AUGACGCGCGCCAACCCACAGUCCGAGUAUUUUGCAUCCAACCUCGACCUCGUCCUUGUGCUUGUCAACGGCCCGCGCGAGCGCCGUAGCGUGUCUUGGCACGCCAAGUGCCACCACUGCGGUCAAGAGCGCCGGACGCGCGACUGCGCCGCGGCCAAAGCGCGCAUCGCGCAGCGGACGCUCCGGUAG